UUCAUUCGUACGCUCUUCAGUCUUCCCCUCUUCACUCGCUGGCUCUUUCUCUAGCCCUCACAGUAGCAGCAGCCGAGUCCGCUUCCCGCCGCCUGCUUCCGGCGGCGUUCGCCGGCUGCGCCUCUCAGUCGGCGUCUCUCCAGCCGGAGUGCCUCCCUCUAUGCCUUGGCCUCCACCGACGGGGCCGCGUUCAGCUGGAAGAGACGGGAAAAGGCUAUAGACAUGCUCAUACUUCACCACAGCCCUCAGAAACCCAACCUCAUAGUCUCCUUCUUCUCUUCAAGCAUCGUCGCCCUCAUGGGCUCCAAGCAGUUGCUCAAACCCAGCAUUCUGUCUGCCCAACAAGCCCCCUCGAGUUCAUCCCUCUCGCGCCUCUUCGGCGUCUACAGACUCCAUUCCCCUGCUAUUCGUUUGAGACCAGCCUCGCGGAUUCCUUCGUUUCGCCUCGGAAGCAAUGGAGCUCCGUAUUCCUCCCGCGUCAGUGUCCCCAGACCAGUCUAUUUGGAGAGUCCGGAGGAUGGGCGAGACGCGGCGGUUCCCUUGAAGGUUCUAAAUAAGAGAUUGGAAGAGCUCGGCAUUGAUAUGCGUGAUUGUAAUCCCGGGCAACACAAUAGUUUGCUUUGUCCAAUGUGCAAAGGCGGGAGCUCAAGUGAGAAAAGCUUGAAUCUCUUCAUUACCCCAGAUGGCGGUUCUGCAUUAUGGCAGUGUUUUCGUGGAAAAUGCGGAUGGAAAGGAAGUACAAGGGCAUUUGCGCAAAAUGGGUCAUCCUUUGGAACUUCAAAUACCAUUAGUAAAGUCAAGAAGAUAAGGGAACUAUCAGCAGAAAGUUUAGAGUUGCAACCACUCAGCAAUGAGUUGCUUGGAUACUUUGCAGAGCGAUCUAUAACUGCGGAGACUCUGAGGAGAAAUGCUGUUAUGCAGAGAGAAUGUGGAAAUCAGAUCGUCAUUGCAUUUCCUUAUCAUCGGAAGGGACAACUCGUCAGUUGCAAGUAUCGGGAUGUUCAAAAGAAAUUUUGGCAGGAAGCUGAUACCGAGAGGAUAUUCUACGGAGUGGAUGAUAUAGAACGACAAAGUGAUAUUAUCAUCGUGGAAGGUGAAAUGGACAAGCUUGCAAUGGAAGAAGCUGGGUUCCGAAAUUGUGUGUCAGUCCCUGAUGGUGCUCCUCCUAAAAUUUCCUCAAAAGAUGUGCCACCAGAAGAGCAGGAUACAAAGUAUCAGUAUCUGUGGAAUUGCAAAGAUUAUCUUAAGCAGGCGUCACGCAUCAUACUUGCUACUGAUGGUGACCAACCUGGUCAAGCUUUAGCUGAAGAGCUUGCGCGCCGUCUUGGAAGAGAAAGAUGUUGGCGUGUUAAGUGGCCCAAGAAAAAUAAUAACGAUCACUUUAAAGAUGCAAAUGAGGUACUCAUUUAUAUGGGACCGAGUGUCCUGAGAGAAGUGGUAGAGAAUGCAGAAUUGUAUCCAAUUCGUGGAUUAUUCAAGUUCAGCGACUACUUUGAGGAAAUCGAUGCAUAUUAUCAUCAGACGGCAGGUUAUGAGUUUGGGGUACCCACAGGUUGGAAGGCUCUGAAGGAUUUGUACAAUGUUGUACCAGGAGAGUUGACUAUCGUAACUGGGGUUCCCAAUUCAGGGAAAAGUGAAUGGAUUGAUGCUCUACUGUGCAACAUCAAUGAGCAAUGCCACUGGAAAUUUGCACUUUGUUCCAUGGAAAAUAAGGUCCAGGAGCAUGCGAGGAAGCUACUGGAGAAGCACGUCAAGAAGCCCUUCUUUGACACACGAUAUGGGGAAUCUGCGGAACGAAUGAGCAUAGAGGAGUUUGAGGAAGGGAAGAAAUGGUUGAGUAAUACGUUUUACCUCAUAAGGUGCGAGAACGACUCGCUCCCGAGUAUUAAAUGGGUUCUCAAUCUUGCAAAGGCAGCAGUUCUCAGGCACGGGGUUCGAGGGCUCGUAAUUGAUCCUUAUAAUGAACUUGACCACCAGCGCCCAUCUAAUCAGACUGAGACCGAGUAUGUGAGUCAGAUGCUUACGAUGGUCAAACGAUUUGCUCAGCAUCAUUGUUGCCAUGUCUGGUUUGUAGCACAUCCACGGCAGCUGCACAACUGGAUCGGGAACCCUCCUAAUUUAUAUGACAUAAGUGGAAGUGCCCACUUUAUCAACAAAUGUGAUAAUGGUAUUGUCAUUCACCGGAAUCGCGAUCCCGAGGCAGGGCCCAUUGACCAAGUGCAGGUUUGUGUACGGAAGGUUCGAAAUAAGGUUGCGGGAACCAUUGGUGAUGCAUUUUUGUAUUAUAACAGGGUAACGGGCCAAUUCGUGGACCUCAGCGAAGCAUCUGAGAAGCUGUAGAUGGAUUUUCUCAUCUCCAGGAGCUUAUCAGAAGCCAAUGAUUCCAUGUCCUUCCCCGUCACUCAGUUCAACUUGGAGCUUCAAAGGCCAUGUAAUAUAUUCAGUCAGUUUCUAGUGCACGUGCUUCGAUGAAGAUGACUGGUUGAUCAGUUCUCAGGACCAAAUGAAUCCUCUACGGGGAAGGCGAAAAUGUUACCGACUGUAACGGAUGCUUCUGUUAUAGUUAUAGCAAAUCUUGUUGUGUCCGGAGGGAGUAGAACUCUAGUACGGUGGUAUGAUGUAAAUGCAACAGCAAAAGUUUUGUACCCGGUUCAUGGUUCGGGAAUAUAUGCACUCUCGAAUUGCGAGUAUAGUAAGUAACUGCUUUGCUAUGGCAGUACAUGCUUGAUCUCAGUUGCUGGAACACAUUAAGUGAUUUUCCAGAAAGGGUGAGCUGUUGGGCGCAGUCCAUGUUAUAGUGAGUACGAUUAGCACUGCUCAGAAGAAAAGCCGAUAGACAGGUAUACUAUGUCGUAUGUGACAUGGAACUGUCAUGUCAGUCGUUAUCUGGGGAAGUUAGAUCGGCUUUUGUCAGUUCAGCUGUAAUGGAGCAGUUGCUCGGUGCAAUGUAUGGCUUUGUGAAAGAUUACCUGUGAAAUUAGUGAUUGGGAUUGCUUCUCUCACCA